AUUGAGAGUAAUUGAGACGUUUUUUCAUGGUCUUUUCGUUGCUGCUCUCCAAAUUUUGGUUUGCUUGAAAAGAAAAUUACUGUUCUAAAUAUUUUGCAUUUAAAGUACUACAUACUUAAUUGAAUUUAUCACAAUAGGUGACAUUCCACAGUCUGUGUUGAAACUAUAAACAAUGAAUUCUACAAUUUGAUUAAAUACAACGUAACAUAACCUAUGUUAUGUUAAAUAGAAUUUUACCAAGAACGUGUAGUUUACUUAAUUCUGCAUCAUAUAAUUUUCGUCGUUACUGUUUGUCAAGUAUUUUAAAGAUGAAGAUUGGAACUCACGACGGAGUAUUCCACUGUGAUGAAGUCCUAGCUUGCUUUAUGCUGAAGAAUCUUCCUCAAUACAAAGAUGCUGAGAUCAUCCGCACAAGAGAUCUAAAUAAGCUGAAUGACUGUGAUAUAGUUGUUGAUGUAGGCAGUGUUUUUGACCAUGAAAAGAAGCGUUAUGAUCAUCACCAAGCCGGUUUUAAUGAGACCUUGAGUACCUUGAGGCCUGAACUCGGAGGCAGCUAUAAAAUUAAACUUAGUUCAGCAGGCCUUGUGUAUGCUUACUAUGGAGAGGACAUCAUCCAGCAACUCAAAGAAGAGUCUACCUCCUUGACAAAUGAAGACUUGAAGUUAAUUUACAAGAAAGUUUAUGAAUCUUUCAUUCAAGAGAUUGAUGCUAUUGAUAACGGAAUUCCAAUGACAGAGGAACAACCGAAAUAUGACAUUCAUACUCACUUAAGUAACAGAGUGAAAAGACUGAACCCAGAAUGGAAUUCAACUCAGGAAACCAAUGUAGAUGAAUUCUUCAAUAAAGCAAUGGCUUUAGUUAGUGAAGAUUUCCUAUAUUUUACAAGAUACUACAUAAACACUUGGUUUCCAGCCCGAAAUUUGGUCAGGAAAGCUAUUGAUAAUCGUUUUCAAAUACACAAGUCAGGAGAGAUUGUGGUAUUCAAUGAAAGGUUUCCUUGGAAAUAUCAUUUGUUUGAUUUGGAACAAGAAUUGGGGAUUGAGCCGCAAAUCAAAUAUGUGCUAUUCAAUGAUAAACCAAAAUCUUGGAGAGUUCAAGCUGUUCCAAUUGAUCCUAUGAGUUUUGUUCUUAGGAAAGCAUUACAUAGUGCAUGGCGUGGAAUCCGUGACGAUAAUCUCAGUUCAGUCUCUGGGAUUGAAGGAUGUAUUUUCUGCCACAGCAAUGGUUUCAUUGGUGGUAAUACCACAUUGGAGGGAGCUUUGAAAAUGGCCAUUGCCAGCCUAGAAGCCAACGAAUGAAAUAAAACUUUGGUGGUAGGACAUGAGGAAGAGGAUGAAAAACUGCUGCUGACUCGUACAUCAAUGUAUCAUUAUAAGAAGCACACAAACCAAAAGACGACAAAAUUUGUAUAAGACGCUUAGACCCGAACCUCCGAUGAAAAAAAACUGAAAGACCUAACUGUAAUUUGGACUUGAACGAUCUUGGUCGAAUAGCAGUCAUGAUACUAUGACAAAUAUUGGUGCAUACUAGUUUUAAAUGAUCGAAAUUUGAUCGUUUAUUUUUUAAGAUCAUUUGCUCCAAAAAAAAUGUCAGUGACUGAGGGAUGUCAUUAUUUAAAUCUUCAAACAUUCGACCUGGUGGAGGGUAGUAGGAAUUAUCAAAUACCGAGGAUUGAAUAUCUUCUCGAAUAAUAGAUGCUGCUGCUUCUAGAGUUUUUAAUCGUUCUUCUUGUUUAUUAAGCAGCUUAAUAGUCCUGUUAUCUAAAGUUAAAAUUUUGCUAACAUCUUUUAACUCAGCCAAAGUAAACUGACAGUCAUUGCUACUCUCAAUGUAUGUAAAUAUUUCCUGCAUUGCCAGAUCUGUUGCUUCAUCUUUAGGACGACCAACUGUACCGCCAGUAGUCGGUUUCAAAAAAGAAGUAUAACAUUCUUGGUGAUACUUUGCUUCAGCAGCAACUAAAUCAUAGUCAAAUUCGAUUCGAGCAACAACAGCUUUCGAUAUAGCAUCGGAACGAGUUCGUGCUACUUCCAAAAUUGAAUGUUUGAAUUGGAGUGUACUUACUUGACAAAUUUUACUGCGACGAUCUAAGGAUUUUUUUCUCUGCAACUCUUCAUUCAAUUUAUUGCCACAAAAUAAACAUAGUUUUUUAAAACAAAAAGCUGAAUCACUUGAACGGGAUCUAGUACGAGGAGGACUACUUACUGUAGAUCCUGUAGAUGUUAGCUGUUGUUCUUCGCGUUUUCUUUUGAUGGCAGCAGCAAUAGAACACUUCCGCGUAUAAAUUUUACGACAGUUGCUAUGUAUUGUCACAGAUUUUUGUUUUUUAAGAAAUUCCGAGUAUCCAUCAUCUCUUUCAGCACUUGCAUUAAUCAGUGUCUUCAUACCACGAUCAACAGUUACAGUUUCACUUUCAGUUAAAAGAUGAGUACAAAUAAAACAAUAUUCUGACAUUUUUCUUAUAAAAAUCUAAAACGCACAAAAUAGGUUAAAAGAUAGGUUAAGAUAAGCACAUGUUUUCCCUACGCAGUGGCGCUCAAGACUAACGGUAUGUAUUUCAUAUAUUGGGCAUGCCAACAUAAAGCAGGUAUACGACCCUAGCCACGCGGACAAUAGAAUAAAAGACAGAUGUUAUCCCAAGGUUAUACUGACGUACAAAUUUAGGAACGGGGUUUCAUUAUACCUGAGAUUCUCGUAGUUUAACUUAUAUUUUACAUAAGCAAGUUACAAUAAAUAAUAGCGAACUUAUUUUAGUUCUAUUACACCUUUAGUGACUUUCAUAUGUGGCGUACGUGUGCAAAAUAGAGGGAUUACGACUGAUCCAACUUUUCGGAACGUUAUAUCUCCAAAAUGGUGGCUUUUAGGAAAAAAAUUAUUAAUAUAUUUUUUGUAGAGAAUUUCGUGAUCUACAAUUUUGUACUGGGGUAAUUUUGCGAAAAAACUCACCGUUUCGCUAAAAAUCGCAAAAAACUCAUUUUUUUGACCUUUGACCCCGUGCCAAAUUUUUAGCACACCUCGGAACGAUGAGGACUUUUGAGAUUUUCUUUAUAAUGAUGUUUUGAACAACUAUGCCAAUAUUCAGCUUUAUGGGAAUUUAUGUAACCUUCCUCCUGAUUUUAGGCUUAAAUAGACCGGACUAACUACCUAUGGCAAGUUUUUUUAAAAGAUGGCCCAUUUAGUCUAGAUUUCAAAAUAGUACAACACUUGCCACUUUUCUUUGCUAUAAAACUGCUAAUUCGUAUUUUUUGCGAAAGAAACUCCUGGAAAAUUUAAUCAAAAUAAAACGGUAAAUUAUCGUAAGACUUUAUUAUCCUCCUAAAACUAAAGCAGAUGCUCAAAUUGUUUCCCUCCAGCACGAAUACAAGCUCUGCAUCGCCUCAGAAAUGACCUGUUCACCAGUCUUGCAAAUCUCCUCGCAUUGAUUUCUUCUGAUGCUGCAUCAAUUUUUUGGCGUAAUUCUGUUACAUUUUUAAUUGGUUUUGAGUAGACCUUUUCUUUUAUGCAUACUGGAUUCAGGUCUGGGGAACGAGGGGCCAUGAAAUUGGUCCAAAGCGUCCGAUUCAUUUACCGGGAUAUAAUUCGUUUAAAUAUUCUCUUACAGGCCGGGCAUAAUGUGCUGGGCAACCAUCUUGUUGAUACCACAUUUCUCUGUAGAUGUUGAGUGGUACAUCUAGCAAUGUCGGUAAAUCAUUUUGAAGAAAAUGCAAGUAGGUGGCGCCAUCUAAAUUUUCAGUCAACUCAAAUGGUCCAGUUAUUUGACCAUUUAAUAUUCCUGUCCACAUGUUGACUUUAAAUUGGUACUGGGAUCGAUCCUCACGCAUCAAAUGCGGGUUUUCCGUAUGCCAACCAUGAAGGUUAUGUAAGUUUAAAUAACCAUCUCUUUUAAACGUCGAUUCGUCAGUGCACAAAACUUUAUUUAGAAAAUCCGGAUCUUCACGAAUUUUCGCUAACAUGGUUCUGCAGAAAUCAACUCUGGGUGCGUGAUCACGUGUAAACAAGCUCUGCACACGUUGUCCAUGGUAAGGAUGAAAAUCGUAUCGUUUUAAAAAUCGAUGUGCGGUACUCUUUGCCACACCCGUUGCAAUUUCAAUCGCCCGUACUGAGGUACUGGGGUCAUUUUCAACUUCAUUCAAAACUUUAACGUCGUAGUUUCCUUGAGGUCUCCCACCAGAUGUACGAGCACUGGGUAAUCGUCCUUCCGAGUAUGAUGCGUGCACAUUUUGGAUAAAUUACUUUGAUGUCCUUGUAGGUGUAGAUGACUAAGUUGCAGUAUGCUCUGCUUGAGCAGAGCCCUUGGAUUUGAUAGUAAGAUGGGCAUAUUUUUUAUAGACAAUAUCCCUUGCAUUUUUCCAAGUAAGGCACAGUUAUUAUAAUAAUUUUAUGUCUUGUCACAUGGCUCCACUAGCUAAUCAUAUCCAUUGGCAUAUUUUGUUAGAGCAAUUUUUUUCAUUUAGUAAGUCAUGGGUUGGUUGGUUCAAAAGAAUUGUUUUAAAGGCAUGGGUGAAUUAGGGAAACCAAUUAUUAAAUUCUUAAUGUAUUAUAAAUUUAUUUGUUAAGAUUUUUCAGAGGAUAAAACUCAAAUAUUACCUUAAUUUCCUGCUAACUCAUUUUUUCUGCGUGGUCUGCGAUACCAUUGGGGAUUAUUGGUAUAUGGAAUUGUAAUUUUUGUGUACACACUUCGUGGAGAAGUAUAAACUUUUCAUGCACUAUAUUCUCAAUUGCUAGUAGGAGGACAGCAACAUUUUUACAAACUGCAUUCGCACCACUUCCCGCAGGACAUUCACAUUGGGAUUCUACAGGAUUUCAAUUUUUAAACUUGAUAUUAACUUCAUACUGCAGGCUCUUUAUCGUUUUCCUGCAAUAUCCUUCUUCAUAAGUAUAUUCCCCAGCGACAGACAACCUGGCCGGAAUAAAUUACCGGCAUAUAUAGAAAUAAUCAACUUUAUUAUUGUAAUGGGGUUGGCAAUUGCCAAAGUGGCGCUAGUGUGGAUGGUUCUCAUAACAUUCACUAUUAGUAUGGGCGUUUAUGAUUAAAAAAUAGUUUUAUACAUAACGACGCAUUGGUUUGUGCCAAAAUGUUCAGAAAUUAGAGUACAUCGCUUUCCGAAGGCAAGAAAAAUAGAAGACUGUGGUUAAAGGCUAUUCGACGCGAAAAAAGUACUCCCUCAAACAGUUCGAGACUAUGUCGUAAACACUGGAAAAAGGUUAUUGAUUUUUUAUUUGGAGAAGUUUGCAUAGUUAUAGUACAGAUAUUUAUCAUACAAUGUUUUUUUUGAAAACAUUAUCAUAAAAGGUAUCGGUAUAUACCUUUUUUUUUUUUUGGUCAGGAGGAAAUCGCCGGACUUCCGCCCUCCCCUGGGGAUGGAAGGCGGGGCAUGUCGGAGUCGAACUGACUAAAACCUCCUGUCGCUCAACAACCCGCGUCCGAACCUCGCAUGAGACAGAACCCAUGAAAAGGCAAAGGGGGGAAAGUGGAGCGCUUAGUGUGGAGCACAUCUCUCCCAUCACCCUCCCCCUCGGGACGCCGGACCAGCGGUCGUCGCGCCACGACCACCAGCCCUCUCGGUCGGCAGGCUAUCUGGAGCCCGCCUAGAUGGCGCCGGUUAGAAUGGGUUAUCCUACAGAAUACCCCGCUGGGUCAGAACCAGCGUGGGUCGAGGAUAGCCGGCCUUCCAUCACCCGGAUGCUCUUGCGUAAAACGCGUGCAGAGCAGCUUGCACGUCGUCUUCUUAGGCCCCCUUCGCCGGUCCCCAGACCGACAUAUGAAGGGGACCCGAUCGGUAUAUACCUAGUCAGGUCAUAAAUUCUGUCACAUGUUUAAUGUAAAAUAAUUGAAACAAGUUUAUUCAGUAUGUAACCAUUCAUAUACCAAAAUGAACUUAACAAAACAUAGAUUCUUAUGACACUAAAGUUUAUUCAAAAUGACCUCCGUGAUUUUGAAUACAGGCCUUCAAUCUGCGCGGCCAGUCGUCUAUCGCAGCACGAACGAGGUCCAUGUCAAUAUCUGCGGCUGCCUUAAUCAAGGAUGUCUUGAGUGACUCCAAAUUGGAAUGAGGCUUUGAGCACGCCUUUUCCUCCAAGUGUUGCCAUAUCUUGUAAUCUAACGGAUUCAAAUCUGGACUGUAGGAGGGCCAGUCUUCGUGCCGGAUGAAGUCGAUUUCACGCACCGCCAGCCAGUCUUGUGUGCUCUUCGCUCUAUGAGCUGGCGCCGAAUCUUGUUGGAAUACCCAGUGCCUGUUAUUGAACAUGGUAUGAGAAACAGGUUCCACAAGGUUCGUCAGGACUAUAUUUUGAUACACAACUGCAUUCGUUUUUAAACCUUUCUCACAGAAAUGUACCUCUGUUAAGUCCCAAUAAGAAACUCCCAACCAUACCAUGAGCGAGGAUGCAAAAUGACCUCGUUGGACACGCGGAAUACGGUUGCUCGCUUCUUCACUACUGUGUGCGUACACCUUAUCAUUUUGUUUGUUGUAGCUCUCUUUUACGGUAAAAAAUUUUUCAUCCGAAAAAAGAAUUUCCCGAUAUUUUUUUCCCGCGUACCGCUUCAACAAAGCGCGGCAUCUCUUCAGUCUCAGGUCCAUUAGACGAGCAUUCUAACGAUGUCCUGUUUUUCUUCGAUAUGCCCGAAGCCUUAAGUCUUCAUUUAACACCCUUUUCACCGUGGUUCUGCUUAACCCCAUCUGAAGGGCCAACAGUUUCUGCUUACGUUUGCAAUUUCUUUGAAUUCGCGCCUUCACAGCUUUUAUCACUGCUGGAGUCCUAACCGACCGAGGGCGACCACUUCUUGACCUGUCAUCUACACUAGAGUCUUCAUUGUAUCGUUUGAUGGUACGGUAAACGAAUCUUUUGGUUAUAUUCAAAUUUUUCAGUAUGUUAAAAAUUUGAAUUGGCGCGUAACCGCAACGAUGCAACGCAAUAACUGCAACACGGUCUUCUUUAAGCGUCCACUCCAUAUUUAAAAAUGAGUAAAAUUCUAAAAGUAUACAUUUUUAUUUUCAUGAACAAUUCGAAAUUCGAAUUCAAUAAACUUUUUUGUUAAAAGAAAAGUUUUUACUGUGCGACAAUACUUAUGACCUGACUAGUUAUACAGGGUGGCCCAUAAGUCCUUUGAUAUGAAAAAAAAUUUAUUAAAAUAAAACUAAUUACAUUAUGAAUUAAAUUUUUAUUUACAUAAAAAGCUUAAAAAACGGGAAUUAUUUUUUUAAAAUAACAUCUCCUAAAUGUAAUCCGUUGCGAUCACGGCACUCUUGCAAACGACGUCUAAAAUUGUCGAUGACUGCGCGGCACGUCACUGCUGAAAUGCUUGUCAUUUCUCUGCGGAUGUUUUCUUUUAGGGCCUCAAUUGACCGCGGGUUUGUGUCGUAUACUUUAGCCUUAAGGUAGCCCCACAAAAAAAAAUCCAUCGGGGUCAGAUCUGGACUACGUGGAGGCCAGGAAAUGUCUCCUCUCUUAGAGAUAACUUUGCCAGGAAAAAGUUGACGGAUAACGGGCAUAGCAGUGUUAGAGGUGUGAGAAGUGGCCCCAUCCUGUUGAAACCACGUCCUGGCAUUAAAGCCUGAAAAGUUUUGCAAUUCUGGUAUGAAAAACUCUUCGAUCAUAGCCACAUAUCGCUCCGACGUAACAGUAACUGCGCGCCCUCUGCCAUCCUCAAAGAAGUAAGGCCCUAGGAUACCAUGGGCUGACAUAGCGGCCCAAACAGUCACUUUCGGACUAUGUAAGGGCUUCUGAUGCUUAAGUUUUGGAUUGAUGGGGCUCCAAUAGCGGCAAAUUUGUUUACUAACAUGCCCGUUAAGAUGGAAAUGAGCCUCGUCAGAGAACAUUAUGUUAUUGAAGGAAGUAAACCGAUUCAACAUUUCAUUCGCAUAAUUUUGUCUUUGAAUACCGUCAGUUUCCUUUAAUUCUUGAACCAACUGAAUUUUGUAAGGGUGCAUAUGUAAAUCUUUCUUCAAAAUCCGUUGUAACGAUGUCCUGGAUACGUUUAAUGCUCUGGCGCGCUUGCGAGUUGACUGUGUCGGAUUUUCGCGAAUAGACUGUGUCACUGUGUCUAUGUUUUGUUCCGUACGUGACGUCCUUGGGCGACCCAACCGCGGUUUAUCUAACGUCGAACCGGUCUCCUCGAACUUAGCAACCCAGUUCUUAAUCGUUUGAAGAGUUGGAGUGUCGUCAAAGUUGUGUAAACCUUUGUGUUCUCGAAAUUUACGCCGCGCAACGGUUGCCGAAUUGUCGUUUUUAUAAAACUCGCGCACACAAAACGCACGGUCCGCUCCGGUAAAACGCUCCAUCGCGACUAAAUUCCCAGAAACCGAAGUUACUCCCCCCGCUUCCCCUGCACCGCUCACGCGCGCCCUGUUCGUUUUAUUCAAAUUUUACUUUUCAAAGGACUUAUGGGCCACCCUGUAUUUAACAUAUGGUUUAUAAAAUAAUUGUCUUUUUCAACAUAAAUCACUUUGAUGUCCUUGUAGGUGUAGAUGACUAAGUUGCAGUAUGCUCUGCUUGAGCAGAGCCCUUGGAUUUGAUAAUAAGAUGGGCAUAUUUUUAGAGACAAUAUUCCUUGCAUUUUUCCAAGUAAGGCACUGUUAUUAUAUUAAUUUCAUGUCUUGUCACAUGGCUCCACUAGCUAAUCAUAUCCAUUGGCAUAUUUUGUUAGAGCAAUUUUUUCAUUUAGUAAGCCAUGGGUUUGUUGUUUCAAAAGAAUUGUUUUAAAGGCAUGUGUGAAUUAGGAAAACUAAUUAUUAAAUUUCUAAUGUAUUAUAAAUUUCUUUUUUAAGACUUUUCAGAGGAUAAAGCUGAAAUAUUACCUUAAUUUUCUGCUAACUCAUUUUUUCUGCGUGGUCUAGGGUACCAUUGGGAUUUCUUUGGUAUAUGGAAUUGUAAUUUUUGUGUACACACUUCGUGGAGAAAUAUAAACUGUUCAUGCACUAUAUUCUCAAUUGCUAGUAAAAGGGACAGCAACAUUUUUACAAACUGCAUUCACACCACUUUCCGCAGGACAUUCACAUUGGGAUUCUACAGGAUUUCUAUUUUUAAGCUUGAUAUUAACUUCAUACUGCAGGUUCUUCAUCGUUUUCCUGCAAUAUCCUUUUAUAUUCCCCAACGACAGACGACCUGGCCGUUAGUAAAUACCGGUUAGUAAUUCAUAUAGCUCAUUGGCUAUGCUUGAUUUCUUACGAGUGCUGAACAAAUAAAAAAAUAAAAAAAAAGGAGAUUGAGAGUAUGAGUAACUUAAACUUGUAAACAUUCUAUCUAUUAAUAACUUACUAGUUGAAAUACUGCCUUCACAAAACAGACUUUUUCUCCUGGUGUUUACACAUUUUUAUAGUUUUUUUAUGAACAUAUUGAGUACGUCUUUUAUUUUAUACAGUCUGUCAUCAGUAUCAGCAGUUUGGUUGUUGGCGAAAUGAAAAAAUUUUAGAAUCAGCUCGAAUCUAUUCCGAGGCAUAACAGUACGAGCUAGGGGUAUACGAGGGCGGCACUGAAAAUUUCGGGAAUUAACGAAGUGACACAACAUUACUAUUUAAAAAUGUAUUUAUUGCUUUUCGAAGUAUUCUCCGCAGUAUAUUCUUUUUGUGUUAUAAAUAAAUACCUAAUUAAGUUAGCAGUUAAAAUGAUAACUUUGUUCCAAUGUUUGUGCUAAAUAUAAAUAAUAGAUAAAUAUGUUCAUUUAUAAUAAAACAAAAUAACAAUUACAUACAAAAAGGUUUUAUUAUCUUAAUACUUCCAAGUUAAGACGGGAAGGAGCUACAUCUCAACUUUAUAAGUUUCUUUUGCACUCUACAGAGUUCAAAAGUAGGCUUCUAUUAGUUCUGUUCUAUCCUUGCUAUCUUGUACUUCCAUAGUUUGAAGAUCAUCAUCAUCCAUUGCUUGGAAUGGUAUUUGUACCUCUGCUGGGGUUUCUUGCAAAUUAUGAAUUCUAUAGAUGUUGUGUAGAACUGCUGUAGCUAUUAUAACUUUCUGAAUGUUUUCUAGUAAUAAGCGCAUAGAUAAUGAGAUCACUAGAAAACGUCGCUUCCAUACACCGAAGGUUCUGUAAAAGAUAAUUAUUGUUUAGUGUAUUACUUGUAUAAUACUUAUAUACACAGGCGGCACUGAAAAUUUCGGGAAUUAACGAAGCGACACAACAUUACUAUUUAAAAAUGUAUUUAUUGCUUUUCGAAGUAUUCUACGCGAAAUUUGACACAUUUUUCCAUACGAUGGAACCAAUCAUUGAAGCAACCAUUCCAUUCGAAAGUUGGGGUCUCCAAAAUGGCCGUUUUGUAGGCGUCCACAGCUUCUUCAGGUGAUGAAAAUCUCUGUCCACGCAAUUUAUUCUUUAUUUUAGGGAAAGUAUAGAAAUCAUUAGGGCUUAGGUCGGGGCUGUACGGCGGAUGGUCUAAUAAUUCUAUGUUUUCUUGCUCUAAAAACUCUUUUGUUCUGUGCGCGGUGUGAGAACUCGCAUUGUCGUGAUGGAGGAUGAUGCGGCGGUUGCAGUUCUCUUUACGGAGUUCAGAAACGACCUGUGGCAAACAAAUGCUAGCAUACCAUUCUGCAUUAACCGUUAUUUGUCCCUCAAGAGGAAUAGUCGUAACAUGGCUGGUUUUGGAGACAAACGUGGCCACCAUUUUUUUUGCAACACUCCGUGAACGAACAAUUUUUGUUGGCUUUAACUCAUUUUCGAAAACCCAAACUCGUGACUGGUUUCUUUGUUUCGGGUUCGUACGCGUAUAUCCAGGAUUCGUCACCUGAUACAAUGUUGUAUACAGCAUUUGAGGAUCCUGCGUGGAAUCUUUCGAGAGUUCUGACGCACCAAGUAACGCGAGCCGCUUUUUGCUCUUCACAGAGCGAAUGCGGUAUCCAUCGGGAAAAUAACUUUUUUACACCUAAUUGUUCAUGCAAGAUUAUUUGUAUUUGACUCAUGCCAAUGUCUAAAGUUGCCUGAAUUUCGCGGUAUGUCACAUGUCGAUCUUCCUCAAUCAGCUUACGCACAGCAUCAACGUUUUCUUGGGUGACUGCAGUUUUUGGACGACCUUGACGGGGAUCAUCACUGAGCUUGACACGUCCACGUUGAAACUCAGCAAACCAGCGAUAAAUUGUGGUUUUGGAUGGGGCUUCAUCACCAAAUGCAGAAAUCAUCCGGUCAACACACUGUUUUUGUGUUAAACCACUUCGAAAGUCAUAAUGAAUCAUCGCUCUUGAAUUUUCUCGAGUCAAUUCCAUUUUCUCAACGACUAAACAAGUUUGACAAAACCUCGUGACAAGACCGAGAAUCUUUUUUUAAAUAAAUAAAUGGUAUUCGAUUUUUAAAACCAAGGAGUUUUCAAUUAAAAAGAUUUUAAUAUGAGAGGAACAGUGGAAAUAUUCCAUUCCCGAUACUUUUAGUGCAGCCUAGUACCAUAGAGUUUGUGGUUUCUCCAGUAAUCUUUGAUACUUGGUAAUUUCACCAAACCCAUCCAUCCAACUAGAGCCAAAAGUUACUGGAGUCCAUAGGUGGUUUCUUGAUCCAGCAGAAGAAUCUGAAGGUAAGAUACACUGUGUUGCGUAUAAGUUGGUUUGUUCUGUGAUAUACUCUAGAAUGUUAGGGGUUAGAAACAAGUCAUAGUAGUCUAUUGGAUUCGCAUUAGCUAAUCCGACAUAAAUAUCCUUCAUACCAGAACAUGGUACAGUAUAAUCUAUGGCAAGAGGAUCAUCAUGACUUGGCAUUUCCCAUUUUAUGUUGGACUGUUUUUCUUCCAUCCACUCUUGUUCAGAAAUUUGAGCAUCAGUAUUACCAGAAGUACUUGGCACGUUUGGUGGCUGGAGUUCUAAAUCGACAGGAGCUGUCCUUGAUGACCUACGCCGUUCUAUUUCAGGCAAUGGAUGUAUAUCACUAUCCGAAAAUGUUGACAAACGCCUUGAAAUCCUAGGAGGGUUCCAAAUCUGACUGUCAUUGUCGUCACUGGUACUUGUGUCACUAAAGUCUUCAUCGGGCAUAAAAUUGGGGUCCUCAACGGGAUCAUCACUUGAAUACUCCAUUACAAAUCACUUAUUUGAACGCUUCAACACUUAUACUGUAACAAGAGAUAAAAAAUAUAAGAAAAAACAUGAAUCAGAAUUCAUGUAUUUUCUUAUAAUUUCUUCCAAAACGCGGUCUUUAGUCUUAAAACAAAAAAAAAAUAGUUUUUACCUGUGUAUCUUUUCAGAUACACAUGGCCUGGGAGGUAUGAAUUUGAAAUGAACUAUUUCCCAAGCCACGUGUAUCUAAAUGUCACACGGAUAAAAAUCCAAGGAAAAAAAGGGAAAAAUGGGGGUGAAAAACAAUAUAUGAUAUAUUAUGUAGUUUUAAACACAUUCCACAAAAAAAAAAUUGUGUUUUUUUUUAAACGCUCACUUAGGGCCUGGCGCUGAGGGUGUUAAGGUCUACCCCUCCCAUAAAUGCGUUGUAUGUUUCUAUGAUCUUCGGUUUUUGUCGAGCUUCUCCCGCCCGUCUGCCUUCGACCAUGUUGUUUUUGUGGUAAGUCGACACUGCACUUACUAUUUUAACGUCUUUCCAACAAAGUGCAGAAAUGUCAUCACAGUGUCGACUUACCACAGUGCCCCGAUUAACCUUUUAUCGACGGCCUUUAUGGCGUCAGGUAUUUGUUUGCGACGCCGGCUUAUGGUGUCGACGACAUCCGUUUUACAGGUUUUUAAAAACCGACAAAGUUCUAUUGAAUUAUAGUAAUUGUCCAUAAACAGAGAAAACCCCCUGUGUAGGUAACUUUUAAACAAAUGUAACACAAUUUUCUCGGUGCAAGAUUUAAACCCAUAAAUAAUGGGAAGGGAGCUCGUUUUUCCUGUGUAUACCAUGAUGUUCAGGACACAUAGCCAGUCGUGGCCUCGCAGAGUUCGUAACUCUUUAUUCCGAAUCGUGCUGCUUUGGAUCGGAUACACUGCCUCCAACUUAGUCGGCCUUUCCAAAGCAGCAAUGUUUCGUCGAGUGGCAAUUUUCUGCGAGGGGCGUAAACGUCCUGAAAUUUUUUAUUCAAAUAAUCAAGGAGCGGCUUGAUUUUCGAUAGUUUCCUUUCUGCACCGUGGAAGUCCGUAUCGAUGGUAUUGUUGUCGACAAAAUAUAUAAACUUCAUUAGCAACGUGUAUCGAUUUAUGCUCAUGAUUUUCCAAAAUGCUGGCAUGCUUAAAAUGCCGGUAGACCAGUACUCGUCUAUACGGUUUCGGACGCAGAUGCUCAUAAGCAUUAUGACCGCGAUCAAGCGGUACAGUUCGUCGACGGACGUUUCCACUCAAGCAUUGAGUCGCGAUUUAGGGGGGAUUCCUCUUUCGGUCUCUGUAAAUUUGAUAUACGAUAGUUUCCCAGGCGUACUGGUUCGUGCUGGCCACUAUGGACUCCAUUAGGGUUUGGUCCCAAAUUUGCGAGAAUAUCGCUAAUGGGCUUGUACCCUCAAUUUUGGUACCAACCCCCCUCGUUAAAGUGCUCCAGCACGCCUGUAAACCCCGAAUAGUCCUCCGACCAGUCAUAUGCCGUAUUUAACGUACUGAGCGCGGGCUCAGCGACGGCUUCGACCUCUUCGCUGCACUCUUCGAAGUUGUCAUCUCAAAUCGCCUGCAGUUGCGAAUUGAGAUGACUUUCGUCGUCAAGCUCUUCGUCGUCGGCUUCGUUCCCAGAAUCCAAGAGCUGGGCCAACGGGGCGUCAAAAAUGUCUUCAUCGUUCUGAAAUAAAACACCAUGCAAUUCAAUCCGAAACCGAAAAAUUUCAACAAAAAGCGCCACACCCGAUCAAAAAAUACAAACGAAUUAGAUAAUAAACGGAUUAGUAGACAAAGGCGGUCUUAUCGCUAAUAGUACUCAGGGUUCGAGGAUAUAUAUAUCGACGGUUAUAUAUCAAGAUACUUAUGGCUUGCUAUUUUUAAUAUUUAAAUUUCAAGUCUUAAAAUCAAGCCAAAAACUGAAACCUUUAUCUUAGAACCCUGAUUAUCAUAUUACAUAAAUGGGACAUUCAUACACGGCCAUCUAAUCACAAAAUAAGCAUAGCUUGUACUUAUUAUACUUCCAAGAAAAGCCUGAGAAAAUAAACCGUAUUAAAUCCCAUACUGUAUUAUCCCAUAAGAAAUAAGAAUUACAACAUACCAUAUUUCAUAGUAAAUUGUUAGUCCAGAGAUCGAUUGUAUUUUUAAAAAAAUUUAGAUGAAAUGCCGAAUCCGUACCAGUCUGAUGGUGUAGAAUGAUUCGUACUUACAAAUAUUCCCAGCCUACAAUCCUGUUCCUAUUUUGUUGUAGCCUGAUAAAUAAAGUACAAAGACAAUAAUUAUUUAUUCAUUUCAUUAUCAUAUUUCUUCAUAACCUAAUCAUUCGUAGAUAUACUUACAUGAUUGUAGGUAAAUAUUGGCAGAUAUACUUACAUCAUUGAUUUCCUCAGAGGGAAAAAGAUUGGCAGGCUUGAGGCCGUCUACUACUUCCACACCCUCACUCGCGACCAAUGUUGUUGGACGCCAAGGCUGUAAAAGCACAUAUUAUUAUUAUUUAGAUAUUUAUAUUAGUUUUCAUUUAUACAGUUAAAUUAUAGUAUUUAUAUUUCAUUCUACAUACUCGAAUGGAACCUGAGGGUGUCCUCUCCAGGAGUACAUCGUCAGUCAUUUGGAGUGUUCCUGACGGUGUCCGCGUGAUCUCCAUCCCCACGACCAGUUCUGGCCAAAGAAGUGGUCAUUGUGGAAUUCAUUUCUAAAAAUUAAACAUUUCUAUAUUCAUAAGCCGCGUACCCACCUAAAACAAAGGCUCGCGCGGCAGCCUCGCGAGCCAAAUGCCUCGGCUGGUGUGGACGUGCCUCGGGCGCGCGUUUGCUCGGCUGAGCACGGCUCAGCCCCGAGCCAUCAGUUGUCGGUAAACUUGACGCGCUCAAAGGUGCCUCAGUGAGCGCUGUGUGUUGUUAGGUGGGAACGGUUAAUUGGCUCGCGCGCGAAGCUACUUCAAGUGUACAUAAUUGUACACAAAAUUAAAAUUAAAAAUGAUAUGAUAGCAAAUUGCUGAUACAAGUUUAUGAAUUAACACUCAUACACCGUUGGCCUCUGGACUAUAACUAGAAGCUAGUCAUCAAGCAGGGCACAACCAGCAAUCUACUACCACAUAGCUCAAACAAGUAAUCCAAUUAUAUUCAAAUUCCAAAUGUGUUGCAGCUCACUAGACUCUAUUCUACUCAAAUAGAAGUAGUAAGCGAGCUACAAUCAUACACAAUUAACAAAAAAUAUGAAAUUAAUUUGUAUUAUUAUUCAAAUUGUUACACACAACUAUACUCAAAUAGAUGUCAUAAUCUACCGUUAUGAUGCAGAAUUAAUAUAAAGCUGUAGAGUAAUAGUAUGAAAACAGCGGACCACUUUAGCUUUUGUGCGCUAGGUUGAACUUAGCUAGCGUAGCUGUCCUACUUUAACAUACAAUUUGUCAGUUAUGCGCAUUAGAAGCAAAUGAACCCGUUUAUUAAUGUAAACACCUCGCUGCUGCGAGUAUCCGUACACUAUACAACCACUGUCGCACAUUUUUAGCAGGAUACGUAAUAAAAGUAAUUCAAAUUCAAACAUGGUUCGUUUUAAUCAUGAUAACUAAUUAACAUUAUCGUCGUGUAUUGUACAAAAUUUAAUUUCCAUAAUUUGAUGUGUUAUACUUAUGAAUAAGUAUUGUAACCAUGGUACGCCUGGGUCCUGACACUAUCUAUUUCAUCCAUAACAACUUGGUCAAUUUUGUUUCUAGUACGUAAUUUUUGCAUAGGAGAUAUUUUUUUCAUGUGCGGCAACAACCUUGAAAAAGAACAAAUCUUCACAAAUUUUUUCUUGACUUUCGCUGCUUUGCAGUUUUAUUGCAGUCCAACUUUCUUUCUUUCUUUCAAUAUCAGCGUCAACGUUUCUUUUCCAGUUCCAUAAAUUCCUGUCUUAUAUCUUGUGCACAGUUACGUUUGGUGCUCGUAUAUUGUAUACCUUAGAUGAUCCAGCUAUUGACUGGGGAGUUGGAAACCGCUCAUUGUCAUUAUCACUACAUUUCCCAUUAAAGCUGUGUCGAUCGAUGAUUUGGUAUAACGACUCAAAAAGAUUCGAUCGACUGAGUGUCGUGUUUAUGUAGGUUAUUCCUAAUAUUACUAGUCUCCUGAUUCAAUGAAUCACAUUACCUCAAUAUAGGAAGGAACUGAAAUUUAAUUAUAAAAUAUACAAAUUAAAAAAAGAAUGCUUCUAAAAUAUAUAUUUAUUACAAGUUAUAAUUUAAUAGUUUGCGAUGCUUUUUCGGGUUUCAAUGAACUUGGUUUUUGGUUAAUUUUCAUUCUAGUCUUAGAAAAACCCUUUUAUAUGGCACAGAUGUAGAAGGUACACAUAGUCGGCGCUUCAUUAAAAUAUAUAACUUUUAUUGGAUAUAAAAGACGCUGGUCGUGCCACCAUUUUAAAGGAUCGUCUGAUCUUUUUAUCAGUGGCUCAUUUAAAAAUUUGUAUAUCUCUAUAAUACAAGCUGCCGUGCGGUUUUGAAUUAUGUCACUGCGACUUCUUUAUCAAAGUCAUCCCAAAUACUUUUUUUUGUAACACCCGUCAUCACAGGGCGUUGUAGCUACCCCUGACGUGAGGUUAGAGCCCUUUUUUGAUCUUUAUUUAAUUGUUACAUUUAACAAUUCUAUUCUAUAUUACAAUCUAUGUCUUUAUACCUAUUAACUUAGCUUUCGUAAUAUUUUCUAUUUAUAAUCCUAUUACUAAUAUGUUUAUUUUAAAUAUUCUAUACAAAAUUUUAAAGACAUAUUUUUCUUCACUUCUUAUUUUUGUUAAUUACCUUCAUGCAUAUAUUUUUACAAUAAUUAAUGAAUACGUUCACAUUUUUGCUAGACAUGAUUUCGCUUAUGCUGUCAACCGCUAUAUUUGAGUCGAGGAGAUUUUCAGUAUUGUGCCGCUCAAUUCCAUAUAUAGGGCAUUCUAUUAUUAUUUGGAUACUGGAAUCAGACUUGUUUGGCUCAUAGGCGUACGAAGUAUUCUCCUUGCACUUGAAUCUGCACCAGUACUCAGAAAGCCCUCCGUGCCCCGUCAGUAUUUGCGUGGUGAUGCCACCAGGACCAAUAUUUUUCACGAUUUUGUAUGCCAACACUGCAUGAGGCAAGAAAAUCUUAAUUACACCAGCAAUAGUGCGUUCUUGGUACCCGUGAAUUCACUCUCUAAGUGUGUUAUUUAAUUUUCUAAAUUCUAACCUCUCCUUCAUACUUCAUCCGGGCUUAGGACCGGCAAAAUUACAUUUUUACAAUUAAUUAAAUACAUAUGUAAUUAGAAAACAAUAAACAAAUAUCAAAAUAAAAUAAGAUAUUCUGUACUAAAAAAAAACAGUAAUUUUGGCGUAUUUAUGAAGUUAGAAUCAGGUGCUAUUUACAAUAAUUAUUUACAUAGGUAUUAUUUACUAAACUUACAAGUAUUUCAAUUGUCCUUUCAAAUGUUUAGCACCAUUGUCACUACACAAAUGGCCAGGUUUAAUUAAAUUGUUUUUUAACGAGAGAAGUACGCUUCUCUGUCUUUUCACUUCGUCAAAAGCGUCCAAUAUGCGCUGUUUUAAUUGUUCGACACUAACCGGCUCACUUCUGUACACACGUCUCUUAAUUUCACUCCAGAAAAAGAAGUCCAUGGGCGUGAGGUCAGGUGAGCGUGGAGGCCAAACUACAGGCCCUCCUGGACAGGUCCACUGGCUUCCAAACUCCGCUGUGAGAAAUUCACGAAGCGCGCUAUAGUAGUGCGGUGGCGCGCCGUCUUGUUGAAACCAGAGGCCUCGUAAGUUUGGCUAUCGGGAUAUCAUCCAACAUUGAUGAGACCAUUGUCUGAAGUCAAUUUAAAUAAUUUUCUCCGGUCAGACGUCCUUCUAUGAAGUAAAGGCCAACGAUGUUAUCAUUUAGUAUUCCUGCCCAAACACACUAAAUCGGUGUUGGAAAGAGUGUUCUCUUGUUACAUCGUUUCGAAUUGACUACCAAUGUUCAUUAUGUUGGUUAAAUAUUCCAAUACGGGUAAACAAACAUUCGUCGGAAAAUAAUACAUUUGCUUCGGUAUUGUUCAAUAUCUAGGUGCCAAACGAAAUCCUCGCUACAUAAUCAGCGGUGGUUAAUUCCUGAGAUUUCCUGUAGUGAUAUGGAUGUAAUCCAGCUAUAGUAACAAUCGUCCAGGCACACGACUGGCUGAUGUUCAACCGUUGAGCAGCGUCAUUUGUACUCCGCCGUGGAUCUUCUUCAAAAUACGCUAGUACAUCGUCGUACAAAUUUUGUGACAACGUCGGUCUUCCUUGUCCUUGACUAUGUGAUGGUGCGUGGAAUAAACCGUGAUCAAGUAAACGCUGGUAAGCAUUUACCACGGUUCGCACAUUUGGCUGUCGAGCGUUCGGGUACUCUUCCCUGUACAUACGCAGAGUUGCACUCGCGUUUUCUCCACUCAAAAAUUACGCACGAAGCAUAGCUAUAUACUCCCGUGAUGUGAACUGAUAAGCCAUCGCGUCAAGGAAAACGUAAACAAACAACUGUUGCAGCGAAAAAAAGCAUGCGCACACUUUUGCUAUCAAUUUAGCACUGUUUUUUGUCGUUGCCGUGUGUCGGGGCGCGCCGCGGGCGCAGAGGGAAAGGGGGUGGCGGGCGGGCUUCGACGCGAAUUUGCCGGAAUUUAUCAUCCAAGGAGCAGCGCCGCGUAUAGUCCCCGGCACGUAACUUGGCAAGAGUCGCUAGAUGCGCAGAAGUCGUUUUAUAGGUCUCUUUGGGUGUCAAGCGGGACACGGGGAAAGACGUAGCACCGUUCCGAGCGCGCGAUUGGAGAGUCAGUCGACCCUCCCCUCCCGCACCGCGUCCACGUUCCGUUCGCUCCCGGUUACACAUGUGCCUACAAAGUUGUAGAAACCCUUUGUUUAUAUUGAGUUUUUGUUACAAAUUGUUAUUAUUGUUUUAAAUUUAGUUUUUGUUACGAGUGUUAUUGUUUUAAGUUUGUUUGCAAUGCCAGGACCAAAUACCAAUGACCAUAUAGUCGAUUCAGUCACUGAACGUUUUAUUAUUUACACCAGUGACGACAGCGACUCUUCGUUAUGUCGACGAUGAGGAGUCAACUCCUUCCACCAGCUCAGGUGCUACCAUAAAUUUAAUCCAAGGGGUAGUACUAUUAGUAAAUGAUAGUGACGACGGCGACACAUAAUUUUUAAUAUUAAGUAUAUCUUUUUAAUUAUACUUCUUAACUUUUAA